CCGCACCUCAAAAUUGCCACCUUCCCGGAGCUACGUUGAAAGUUGAAUCGCCGUUGAAGGUCUCAAGUGCAUAUAAAAGGCAACCCCGACGAGCUACGAACUGGUCGUCAGACAUGCAGCUCGCACGGGAAGAAAAUACAGGCUUUGUCUAGAUGAGGAGGAGAUGUGGGAGGAUCCUUCGUGUCUUUCUCUGUUCGGACAGUUGAUGGCUUCGUGCCCCGGUCGUUGUGAUCGACGUGGCCGUCGGCGAAAGGCUGAAGGGCGGUUGUAGAUUCCUAUUACGGCAGUCAUCACCGUGUUUGGAGCAGGUGACAGGGUGAUGUUGUGCUUGUUUGUAGUUUCCUAUUGCGGCAGUCAUCACCGUUUCUGAAGCAGUGACAGGGUCAAUCCGUGGUUGUUCUACGAUUAACGUUACCACCAGCCCAACUAGGGUGCGUGGUGUAAUCUGGAUCGAUCAAUUCAAGUGAUGAGUGAUUAGCUAGUAAUCGAUUUGUUGAUGAUUGAUCUCUGAUCUGAUUGGCUACCAAACCGUUAUCGGGUGGGUUCUCGAUCCAGUGGUCCGACUAAAUUGAUGCAUUGACCGGUAUAUCAAUCAAUCAGUCAAGCGAUCGAAUCUUCAGUACGUCAAGCAAUCAAACAGUCGACCGGCUCAAUUUUAAUCAAUCAAUUAAAUCAAUUUAGUCUUGGCUAAUAUCUGACUCUCCGAAUCAUCAUCAGGCUCAGACAGGAUGACUAUGAAGACGCCAGCUGAUUUUCUCAAGUCAAUUCGAGGACGACCGGUCGUCGUCAAAUUGAACUCGGGAGUGGACUACCGAGGGAUUCUUGCCUGCUUGGAUGGGUACAUGAACAUAGCCAUGGAGCAAACUGAGGAGUAUGUCAAUGGGCAGCUGAAGAACAAAUACGGGGACGCCUUCAUUCGAGGAAAUAAUGUCCUCUAUAUCAGCACUCAGAAGCGGGGUGUAGGCGAAUGACCACCCUCUGGACUUUUUUUUUUUGCAGGCACGCCAGGACUAAUUUCGAGUCUGUGAGAGCUGUGAAGGGGUAUUUGACACUGGCCGUGGGAGAGUUCAUCUGCUAGGGGUAGUGUUUUACAUGACCGCUUCGAUUUUUUUGCCCCUUUCGAUUGUGCGUGCCCUGUAUACAAGGCAGGGCAAGGUUAGGUGGGGAGAGGAUACGGAGGUGAGGUUUUUACUGUUCUCAGAGGGAAGUUCCUUGACUGAAUCUUUACUCCUUUUUUCUGUAACCUAAUUGCUAGGUGUAAGGGGGGCGGAAUGCGAAUCUUUGCUUCAGGGGAGUUCUCUCUUUUGCGUCUUGAUAGGCUGUUGUGACCUUGCUGUUUGCUCAUUUGGUUGUUGCAGCUCUCUAUGUUGUUUCUUUUCAUGAGAAUUGUCAUGCUUUGGUUUGGCGAUGAUGCGUAUUUUGGGGGUGUUUAGUUUUUGUUUUGGUGAGGUGUAGUUUUGUAAGGUGUGUGGACAAGAUCUUGAUCUCACUUUUUUGUGAAUACCAACGAGGUGUUGGACAGCUGAGUUGGAAGGAAGAAAGGGAGUUGUCUGCAGAUUUGCAUGGAGGGGUAAUGCAAGAAUGUGUCAGGGAUUUUUCAAAUGCUGAACAGGUUUACUGAAAUGAAAAAAAGGAGGGAGAUAGAGAGCUGUGUAAUGAACCCAGUCUGGAGGAAACUCGUCAAGUGUCGAAGUACAAGAUAACUCAGCGCUCAUCAAUGUCUCCAAUAAUCAUGAAAUGUAAUCUGUGAUACAAUGUCUCGUACUCAGAGGACGAAGGAGGAGAGGGGGAGAAUAGGCUUAGAGGGUGAAAGGGAAAGUAUCAAUCAAUGUCCACGUAGAUAGAAGCCCCCACAUUCCCCUCUCCUUCUUCGGGUCUGGCCUCUCUGCCACGUCAGCAAACAGUGUCCAAGAAACGAGCCAGACAAGAUCUAAUCACAACGAAGCGCCACGCAUGCAUAGUUCUCCCAUGAAGACGUCACAGCAGCGCGCAAUGUCGCUAUCAGCAACAGGUACCUCUCUCUCUCACUCAAUCAAUCCACAGAUCCUGAUCUCCCUCCUUGUCGCGUCCAAAUCAGCAAUGAAGACAGCGUGGCAUG